AAGGAGGAGACACCGAAGGAGUUAGAGAUGGAGGAGGCCCGUCUGCACUUGGUGAAGAUGAUGAAGGACGCGAGAAUGAUGGCAGACUUGAAGAAGCUCAAGGAUGCCCAGGACAAGCUAGUGGAGGCCCAGAACCAGCUGUCCGAUCCACUGCUCAAGACUGAUCUACAUAAUCUCUUGGAGCUCUUCAAAACCCUAGAAACCUACGAGGCACAUGGCCGCUCCUACUCCUUGGCACUGGAGUCUUCGCAUGACCGGCAACGUUUUGCUACGAGGGGCAUUGAUAUGCGGCUGUUCGCGACACCACGCAUGGACAUGUACCUGGAGCAGGCCAGCAGGUUCCUCAGGGAACCGACGGCACUGGUGCAGGCGGCGGACCAAGACGACAUGGAGGAGGUCGCUGCUGCUCUUGCGAAUAUGAUUCCCUGUACGGAAGAAUCGGCGGUGAUUAAGAUCCGCAGCCCCUGGAUCACUGGACCAUGAUGACCGAGCGGGAGGACAACAAGCUGCUCGUGAUUGAGUUCACCGCGAGCUGGUGCAGGCCAUCCCGCAGCAUAGCUCCCUUUAUUGAUUUUCUCGCCAACAAGUAUCCAGAUGCCAUUUUCCUCAAGGUUGAUAUUGAUGAUGCUGAUAUGGAGUAUAUUGCCGAGCAUCACGAAGUUAAUGGUGUGCCGACCUUCCUGUUCAUGAACAGGGGAGAGGUUAAGGACAGGCUUCGUGGCGCAGACAAGGAAGAGCUGUUUGAGACGCUUCAGCUGCAGAUGACCCUCAUUAUGGACAACUGACUGAUACGGCAUUCAUAUCUGUUGAGUAUAUUGAAUAUUAGGAAGUAUAUGAUAUACUAGGAUUUGGUUCUAACUUGUUUUGUACUCCAAGUAGAUCAUUGUACUCCUAUAUACAUGCCCACGAGGCUCAAGCAAUACAACAUCAAUUCCACCAAUACCUCUCUCUUCCUUCUAACUAUAUCCUUGACCGCCGGCUGUAUCAUCUGGCCAGCGUAUACAGAUGCAUUGAUUUAAUCCUUUCUUUGCUUGUUUGACUUGGAUUUCAUCCCUUGGGACAAAUUAUUGCCUAGUGGGGCCAUGUAAUUCCUUACAAUGUGUGUUGGUCA